AUGGGCUGUAGGAUUUGGUUGACUGACAGCCGUGAAUCAUACGUGGGCUGUAGGAAAGAGCCAGCGGGCACUCGGUCACUGCAUUGGUUUCGCAAACAUCAGCUCAGUUGUGAUUCAGAGUGUCUAAUGUUACACGCGAAAUGGCGAAACGGAAAUCGAAUUCGACAAUUCGGUGAAGGUCGGGAGAUCAUAGCAAGUGUAAUUGAGGCAUGCGAUAAAGAAAAGAAACAAAAUCAUCUGCUAGUUCCUCUGACAAAGGCCACAGAAAGAGCAGCGGUAUAUACUGGCGUUGGUGUAACUAGUAUUAAAACAAUUCGGAAAGAAAAUAAUAUACGAAAUAAAGGAAGUGCUGACAGGCGACUUAUUUCACCCGGAAAGAAAAGAACAGUGUCUCGUCGCAACGCCGUGAAAAUAGAUGAGUUUGUCAUGGGCGUUAUCAGAAACGCUAUCUUUGAUUUCUAUGACCGUGAAAAGCAAGUGCCAACGGUAUCAACAAUGUUACCCAUAAUAAAAGAAAAGAUCAAUUUUCCUUGGGGAGAAAAGCCACUAUGGAGGUUGAUGAAGAAGAUGGGAUUCAGAUGGAAGAAAUGUAAUUCAAAACGUAAAGUGUUGAUCGAAAGAGCAGACAUUGUUGAUUGGAGAUCAAAAUAUCUCGUCCAAAUGAGGAACUUAAGGGAAGAAGGCCGUGAAAUAGUGUAUAUUGACGAAACGUGGAUUGACAACAGCUUAGUAGUUAAAAAGUGCUGGCAGCAUGAUGAUAUAAUUGGUGUAACGGCAAACAUAAGCGCAUCAGUUAGACUAAUUGUAGUUCACGCUGGUGGAAACAAUGGUUUCAUUAAUGGUGCGGAACUAAUUUUCAAAGCUGAUUCUGCAUCAGGCGAUUACCAUGGACAAAUGAACCCAGAAAAUUUUGAAAAGUGGGUUAGAGAAAAAUUAUUAGAAAACCUGGCUUCUAAUGCAGUGAUUGUGUUCGAUAAUGCCCCAUAUCAUAGUGUAGUAGCUAAUAAAACCCCAACUGCAUAUUCAGUAAAGCGAGAUUUAAUUCAAUGGUUGAAUGCAAAAGGAUUGCAUGUUAAUGAAAACCUGCGGAAGCCUGAAUUAUAUCAACUAGUUCUACAACUAAAAUCUAAGAACAAAAUUUACAAGAUUGAUGAGCUGUUUACCAGUAGGGGUCAUUCAGUCAUUCGACUCCUUCGCUACAAGGUGGACUUCCAAAGCAUGCAGUGUGAUGAACUGCUUGAUGACGUUUAUGACAUUGAUGACUAUUAGGAGUUAAUUGCCACACUCUUGUUGAUUGGCCAAGUGAUAAUGGAUAGCGAAAGGACAUUUAGCCAUGAUUUUGUUAUCAUACAGUCGUUGCUAUAAUCUCCAUGAGACACAUUUCACAACCGUAUUGUACUAGUGGAAUUCAGCUAGUACAGAAUUGACAUUUUUGUAUUGUAUGCUACUGUUUGUAGAUGCACAAAAACGUGGCCAAAAUGUUUUAUUUGGUAUCCAGACAAAAUGGAAUGUGUACAGAAUGUUUAUGAAGACUGAGUGAUAAAAAAGAGGACAAGGCCUCCUGUUGUUUGAAGAACAUCCAUUGUUAGAGUUAGCAUCUGUGCGUACAUAGGGGGAUUGAAUUGCCUGUUGGUAAUGGAUUUGGUUGUCGAGAGUAAAGAGAACUAUAAAAUUUGCACCUGUUAUAUUGACUUGAGGUUUAGUUUACUAUCAACAGUUUCUGGUAGCCUCUAGGUUGUAAAUAUUCUUGCUCCAUGUUGCUACAUUUACAGAUCAGUUGUUGUCUGCUGUGAGGGAUAAUGCACUUCAUUCUUCUGACCGUGAUAGGCAGAGGGUUGAAUAAUUUGCUUGCAAUCCCAAGGUCACCAGUGCACAGAUAUCGAACAUUGUCAGUGUUGGGUCUUGCUUGAGCUGAUCUAUUUAGCCUUCACAUUUUUUGCUGUGAUAUGGUGUGCUCCAUAGUGAAGCCCAGAUGAAGGAAAUGAGGCCUGAUGGACAUGCAUAAUUUAGUGCACGUGGAGAUCUGUUAUUAACUUUUGUUGGGUUUUGUACCAUAUUUAUACAGUUUAUUUUUUAAUAUGACCACUAAGUAUUGAACAAACUGUUUGAUUUGUACUUGAGGUGAGCAGAAAGAUCCUGUUGCAGAUUACAAGAGAUUUACAUUUUCUGUUUGUUUUGUAACAUUUCCUUUUGCAUCAAUGUAUUAUAUUAUUGUGUCAUUGCAAUUGGAAAUAUGUGGAAGUAUGUAUUAAUUUUAAAUGUAUUUCGUAUGCUUUAUUGAAUGUGGUGUUAUACCAAUUUCCUUAUGUGCAAUAGCAGUAGGUAUUCUGGUACACCAGAUGUUUUACUUUAUGGUUCAAGUCUGUUUAUUAUUUGGCUGCAUUAAAGCAAGAGAAAUAGAGUUUGCCUUUCAGGUAUAUAUUUAAUCCUAAAGCAUGUUCCUGGGCACCGGCAAAUGCUUUUUUCCCCCCAAUGACUGCCUGUUGACAUUCCUUGGCUCCUUGGAUAAAAUUGUUAAUGAAAGUAAAAUCAUUAUUGUUAAAAUUUUGCCAUGUGAUUCCCGGUAUAGAAAUAUCCCUAGAUUAUUUAUCUGAGAUUUUCUGAUAGUGUCUUAGGUUUUUGUAUGCGGGAUUAUUGUUUACAUGUAUAAAUUAUAUACAUAAAUAUAUAUAAAUGCAUGUAUUUAUUCAUAUUUAUACAUUUAAACAAUUGGAAUGUCUGAUUGUCUUGCAUCAGAGUAAAAUUGAGUGAUCCUUGGUAGAUGAAAUGAUCACAAGCAAGUGCAAGAAUUAAUGAGAGGUCAAUUGAUAAUUUUUAAUUCAUAUUGUCAAGAGACAAAUGUAUGAGAAUUACUUUCAUAAACUAAUAAGCCAAUUGAAAAGGCCCAUCAAUAUUAAUGAUGUGCUAUAUAUGGUUUUGUACUUUGUAGAAAGAAUCAUCAGCUUCACAGUUGACAACAAUGUAUAUAAUAAGUCUUACUAGUAAGUGUUGCAGUUAUGUGCUGCUUUGAAUGAAUGUUCAAUUCUGUUAUUUAGCUGUAAUUUAUUUGAAAUAGAUAUUGUCCAACCACUGUUUCAUAAAGAUUUAGAAUUGGCGUUUGAAAAGGACGGACUACGUGUCUUAUGGUUGUAGUUACAGAGUAGGACUUUACUGAUUCAGUGCUAGGAUUGGGAUAAAUUGGAUCGGGUUUUUGGUACAGUUAUAUUGUAAAAUUAACAAGGUCUCUCGUAAUUUAUUACUCAAGGGAACAACUUAGUGACUUAAUCUUUUUUGUUAUUUAUGUGGAGAGGUUCUCUCAAAGAACCAAUUGUGACUUCGUGAUAAGCUAGCUCACUGUCGUUCUUGUGCCUCAGUUUUGCAUGAGCGUUUUUGUUCAACACUAUUGCUGUUUAAAUUUUAUGGCUAAAUUUAAUGUAUUUUGUUGAGCAUGGCCAGUGUGGAAAAUAUUGAAUUAUAAUAGUGCUCCAGUUUUAUUUUUGUAUAAACAUUGUAAUGUGCUUUGGUUCCUGGAGGCAUUUAUUAAACUUCACUCUGAUCUUUUAAAUAAACCCAUUACAAUUGAAAUUGCUGAGUAAUAACUUAAUAGUAAAAUGAAUGAGAAACUCCUACUGAAAUCAUUCAAUGUAAAUAAUUUCUUCUUUGCACAUCAACACCUUUUUUUUUUGGCUCACUGUCAAUAAAGUGAUGUUUAAUUUCCCCAGCUUUUUAAAUGUUUUUUGUAUAUUCAGCUUACAUUUCUAAGAAUAUGCAGAUUAAGUCAAUUUUUUAAGAACUGGAAAAUAUUUCCAGGUAUGAAUUUAUUUACAAUAAUAUACACGACAUUGCAAUAUUACAACACAAAAUUUACAAUUGUAUUAAUCAGCAUACUUCAACAAGAUGCUUGAGCCUUUGCUAUUGGUUCAGAUGGGUUUCCACGAGGCACUUCUGGCAAAUCUGCAAAGGAAUGUAAAUAUCAAAUUUAUUACAUCCACAACAUGUAACGAAUAAAGUCAGAAUAAAUAUGCAAAACUAUCAAGAUUACUAGUCAGAAGAUGGGAGUUGGUGAGUAAACCUAAGUUGAUCAUUCAAUUUUCAGUAUAUUUGAGAGUUCUAAUUAUUAUAAAACAAAUUGUGCCUUUACAAAUAUCACAAAUACACCAAUCUAUGUAGAUUUGAGAAAAUCAAAAUGCCUUUUCAAUAAAUUUCUGAAAAUGUUCAGUAUUGUAUUCCAAGAUUUUGUGGGUGUUUAAGCUUUGUCUACCCAACCAUUCACAACUACCACAAAGUGACUUCAUUACAUUUAAUGCUACAGUUAAUAUUUAUUUAUGAUUAUGUAUAUAUUAUGUUGAAAAAUAAUGCAACCACACUUAAUAUUCUGAUGAAGCACAUGAGUGUAAGUGUUGAAGAGGUCAAUUAAAAGUUGAUUGAAACUGGCAUUCUAGAAAAUAUUUCUUAUUAAUAGUUUUUCAAGACAGAAGCUUCAUUAAAUAAAAAUCGGAAUCUUAUGACCAGGAUUCAAUUAAUAUUUUUAACUAAUUAUGAAUAAGAAUUUUUCAGUGACAUUUAAUUAUUAAAAAAAAAAAAAAAAAGCAAGGUUACCUCUUACAAUGUAUACUGAGAAUGUUUUAGUUACUUCAAUGAAAAUGUUCAUUUAAAUCAAGUAAUAAUAAUAAUAAUAAUAAUAAAUUACUUGAUACGUUUGUUGACUUCUGUCAUGGUCAUUUGAGAUGGCAUGGGCUGUGAUAAUUUCUUCUUAAAGGAAAAUGCAUUGUCAACUAUUAGUAAUGGAACAGCUAAUAUUUUAAUUACGCCAGAACCCAUUAUAACUUAUAACUCUAAAUUCUUAACAUCUAUUUAGAGAGUAUAUCUUUGAUGAAAUUAACUCAUGAUUAGUGGGAGCUGUUGUAUUUAUAAAGUAAGAUUCCCAAAAUUCAGAUAGGAUUCAGAGUGCAGACUAUAUGAGGUAUUGUCUCAUGUUAAGUUAAUGGUCAUAAAGGAAAGGAAUACGAGUGAUUGGAAAAUUGGAAUUGUCCUCAUAAAAAUCUGCACUCAACUUCAACCACCCUGCAAGAAAUCGCUUAAAAUUAUUUCCUUUAAUCCAAAGGUGGAAUGUGGAUGAGCUGACAACGGUAUAACAAGGUGCCCAGGUUGUGAUCAAUGUAAUCAUAAGAUCAUUAUGUAAUUGUAGGUUAUGAGUAAAAUUAUAUUUGUAAGUAGAAAAUACAUUACCUUUGAUGUCUAUUGUUUCUGAUGGGACAGGCAUUGUAUCGGAGAGUAGUAAUUGUUCCAAUUCAUCUUCUAAGUCUUUAUCGUUACUGCUUCCAAUAGAUUGAGCCAUUGAUUCUUGAAUAUCAUCAUGAAUAUCAAGAAUCUUUGAACAAAUAAAUAUUCAUACAGUUAUAUAUUAAAAAAUAGUAACUACACAACAAAUCACACCUUCAUUCUAACCGGAAUUCUCUUUGUUAUGAGUAUAGUUGGGAUUGAGUUUUUUUUAUAAAAGCAUCCCAUUUAGUUAAAAUUACAUAAUAGGCUUCUUGCUAUUUCCUUUUUUUUACUAUAUUUAAUCUGAGGAAGUAUUUUCAAAGUGUAAUUUUAGAUGAACUUUGUAUCAGUGCUUCAAAACAAAAUUCAAUGCUUGUAACUAAACUUGAAAAUAAAAUAUCAGAACG